AUGGGCUGGAAACCUCAAAACAUCAUACAACGUAGGUCCAGGUACACAUAUGGAUUUCAUCUUAAAGAACCAUUUAGAGCGGGAAUAGAUCCAGAACAACUUAGGGUUAAUUAUGAUGGGGACUUUGAUUGUAAAUGGAGAUUUAGGAAGAUGAUAGAAAAAGGUCAGAUAGUGGAGUAUGGACAGACAUUUACAUUUGAAGCGUAUGAUAGAGCCACUACAGUAGAAGAAAAAUGUGAAGAGAGAUUUGUAGAUCUAUAUAGAUCUACCCAUGAAGAUCCUCAAUACUGUAUAGAGGAGGACUGUAGCUUAGUAGGAACAAUAACACUUAUACCACCAUCAGAUGGAUGGCCAGAUGAGUGGGAUCAUGGUCUACACCUUAUUGUUGGUGAGACUGAGUUCACUGUGAAGGAUUUAAAUCUUGAUACACCUGGCAAGACUAUGAAGCACAAAUGGAUUUUCUGUAAUUACAAACAGUAG